AGAUGAAAGCAUCCGGUCCUGCAAUCCCAAUCAUCCUGGGACUAUCCCUGCUCGGAGCCAGUGGAGCAUAUCUGUACAUGUUGUUCAAAAAGAAGCGUUCCAACUCAACGGGAGAUUUGGUGGAUUUCUUUGCGAGAAAACCAUCCAAAGCGGAACCAGCAACCACGGAACUAAUCAUAUCGAACAGUCUUAUUCCUUUGGUUAUCGGGCGCAAGGGCUACACGCUGAAACACAUCCAGCAAAGCACCGGUGCAGUGAUUAGUUUCAGCGAUCACGAUGGCUCCAGCCAGCGAUGCCUCAUCCAAGGCCCAUCGGAAGCUGUCGUCGAAAAAGCUAGAGAAAUGAUACUGAAGGAAACAGCCCGGCCGCUCACGAUUACAGAAGAAGUGAUCGUACCGCAGGCUGCUUGUGGGAAAAUAAUUGGCCGCUGUGGAGACGAGCUGCAAGAAAUUUGCCGUAAAUCGAUGGCCAAAGUGUGGCUUGAAGGGCGCGCAAGAAGUGAGUCGGAACGUCGUGUGAUGAUAACAGGUACGGAAGCUCAGAUAAAAGUAGCGAAAGAGCUCAUCGCACAAAAGGUGCAGGAAGAUUGUGAAAGCAGAAAGUUGCUGCUCGACACAACUCUGCAAGCUCGAGAGCCUCGCAUACGGACGCCACCAUCAAGCUCUGCGCCAACGCCAACACCGAACGAUGGGAAUAAAAAAUCGGUUACAUCGGCUUCGAAAACGACUGCCGCCAAACAAAGCACGGCCAACUUUGGUACCGGCCAGAUGGAAGUGUUCGUUUCGACCAUUGUAUCUCCAAGUAAAUUUUAUGUGCAGUUGGUCGGUCCACAGUCUUUGGAGUUGGAUUUGCUGGUACAAAAUAUGACCGUGUAUUACAAUCAGAGCCAUAACCGUGAGCUUCACCAGCUGCGAAAACCUUACCUAGGGCAGAUAGUAGCAGCCGAGUUUAAUGCCGACAAUAAAUGGUACCGGGCAGAAAUCAGUGCCAUCCUCCCGAACGAAUACAAACCCGGCGAGGUAGUACUGGAUCUGUUCUUCGUCGAUUAUGGCGACAAUCAGUACACAAAUCCAAACGAAGUGUAUGAGCUGAAGCCAGAGUUUCUGGCGCCACGCUUCCAGGCGAUAGAAUGUUUCCUAGCGAAAGUAGAACCGAUGCAACAGUCCAACCCGAUUCCAUCAACGGCCGCGUCCGGAGAAGACGAAUGGGAUCCGAUAGUUGUGAACAGAUUUGAGGAGCUAACGCACGUGGCUCAAUGGAAAAAGAUAGUCUCGAAAAUUGUCACGUACCGGAAUGGUAAGAGUCCACUGCAUGGGCGCGAGUCAUCGCCCAUUCCGGGUGUGGAACUGUACGACACAGCACCAAAUGGUACAGAUCUCAUCAACAUCGGACAGGAGCUGAUUGCCGAAGGAUUGGCACGCAAUGCAACAUACGACCGAACGGAUGAACUAUCAAGAAGUCAACUGUUUCGAUUGGGUUUAACGAAUGGCGGCUCAUCGCAGUCAUCAAGUAUUGAGGACAAAAGUGCUUCUAGUAGUACGUCUGCCUCGACAGUCGUAUCGUCCGGGAAGCAUACAGGCCCAUCGCUUGAACAGCAACAACACCAGGUGCAGUACAGAAGUUUGGCUAAUGGAACACAUUAA